UUGGUCAUAGCGCAAAAAUAUCAUAGAUAACCUAAAAAAUAUAUAAAUAACAUUUCGCAUCUCGCAGGCGAUUUUAUUCUUACACAAAAUAAAAGAACUAUAAAUAUAUAUUAUUAAUAACAUAUGGGUAUUAAUAUCAGAGCUUUAAGUUUUAUAUUUAUGCUCUGUCAAUAUCAUUAUUAGAUAUAAUACCAAAGUGUAAAAACUGUGGUGUAAAAAGGACAAAAAGAAUUUUUUAUAGCAUUUCAUCAUGAGUAAUUAUGCAAAAUAUGUAGAACUUACGAAAUUAACAACUGAAUACGCAAGGAGAAUGAAGAGACUUAGUGAUAGAAUAUUCACUGAGGUUGCUCGUCCAACAAAUCCUAAAUCUAUGAAAGUUGUAAAAUUAUUCAGUGAGAAACCAGUAAAUUUAAGGAAGGAGGUUCAUUCAUACUAUCCCAGACAUCCAGAAACUGGUAAAUUAAUGCUUAUGCUUAGAUAUUAUGGUUUAUAUAGAGAUGAACAUGAAGAUUUCCGUGAAGAGAUGAAAAGAAUGAGAGCGUUAAAAGGAAAAGUAGAACCAGAAAGGAAAUCGAGGAAAACAUUUACAAAUAUAUUUGAAGGAAAGUCCAAACAAGUAAACAAAAAAAGUGAAGAGUCCUAAAUUCUGAAUGCAAUUUUUAGAAAGUAUUUUGUCAUAUUAACUGAUUAAUCCUUUAAAUAAAGUAGUGCCAGUUUAGAAA